AUGAAAAGCCCUGUGUGCACUUCAAGGCAUAUCAAAUAUUUCGUCAUUUUCAGCCUUUGCCUGGGACUCAUCUUCCUGUCAGGAUACUUCCAUAUGAAGAAUAAAACUUAUGUAAUCUCGAAGAGCCAUGACGAGCUGCUGCAUUGCCAUGCCAAGACUAACGUCAUGUUCCUCAAGACCCACAAGACUGCCAGCAGCACCAUCCUGAACAUCAUGUUCAGGUUUGCGGAGAGGUACGACCUCACCGUCGCCCUCCCAGCUGACCAGCUCGUCCACCUGGGCUACCCAGAGACCUUCGUGGCCCAAUUUGUGGAGGGAUUUCAAACUAUAGGUCAAAACUACAACAUCAUGUCCAACCACCUGCGGUUUAACCGCUCAGAGGUGCAAAAGGUGAUGGCAGUAAACACCUUCUACUUCUCCAUCUUGAGGAACCCCAUUUCUCUGCUGGAGUCUUCCUAUGUCUACUACAAGGAGGAUGUCCCUGCCUUCAAGACCUCCAAGGACGUGAACGAGUACCUGGCGUCACCCACGAAGUAUUACCGUCCGGAAAAUUACAAGCAAAACAUAUAUGCCCGGAAUAUCAUGUGGUUUGACUUUGGCUAUGACAACAAUGCAGAAGACGACACAAAUUACAUCCAGGUGGUCUUGAAGGAGAUUGAACAGAACUUCCACCUGAUCUUGAUAGCAGACUACUUUGAUGAGUCCAUGAUCCUCUUGAAGCACACUUUGUGCUGGGAUCUGGAUGAUGUGAUUUACUUUAAGCUCAAUUCCAGAAGCCAGGACACUGUCCAGACCUUGACUCCAGAAAGCAAGGAGCGGAUAAAAGCGUGGUGCUCGCUGGACUGGAAGCUCUACCUGCACUUCAACCAGACCUUCUGGAGGAGAAUUGAGGAGACCAUAGGAUUUGAGGAGCUGGAGAAGGAGGUGAAUCAUCUGCGAACGAGACAGAAGGAGCUCAUGGAGGUCUGUCUCUCGGACAAGGAGCCAGUGGGGAAAGAUCACAUCCACAACAAAGAUUUCCUGCCUUUCCAGUCAGGGGCUGCAAAUAUCCUUGGGUACAACCUUAGACAAAACUUGGACAACUGGACUCUCAGAACCUGCCAGAAAAUGAUUAUUCCAGAGCUCCAGUACACAUCCUAUCUUUAUGCUGUUCAACACCCGCACAAGAAGAGGAAGCCGUUUGGCUUGCCCUUGAUGUGGACCAAGUUCCGGGAGAAGACGCACUUCCCAGCUCCCAACUAG